CACCCGCUUCCGUACUGCCAUCGUGAUGUGUACAUCAACGUUUUGUCGGAAUGUCUGUCGCGGUUGGUGGUACAGACUGGGACACGAACCGACGAAGCCUUGCGUGUGUGGGUGUGUGCUUCCAUGAAGCCGUUGCGAAGGAAACGGAUCGAGACUGCAUGGCGUUUCAUGUAGAUAUGCACAUAAACUUCAGCUGUCUGGGACCCUCGUAUGUGUCGGCAAUCAAUUUCCAUCGCUUCAGCGCCUCUUUUCACACAACCUUACGAACCGUUCCCGUUUUCCUUGAUUAAAAUGGUACUGCCCUGGACGCGGUUCUUUGCCUGCCCGUUCGCGUGCCGAUGGGAAUGGCCUGCUAUCCUCCAGCUUAGAUACCGGUGUAGUUUAAUCGAUACGGCAGCGACAAUCGUUGCCAGGGGUAACCGUACCAGUAGAGAAGGUGCAAAACAGCGCUACCGAACGGUGCCCUCACUUCAGUUUAGAACGUUUUCGCGCGCGCGAGUGUUUUGUUUAAAUUCCUAGUGCCGGGGGCUUGCCGCAACAAUGCCGAAGGAAAAGAAGCCGAAAAAGCCCAAAAAGGCUGUCCCGGAGAUACAGCCCGUCGAUGGGCUGAGUGCGGUCGAUCGGCAGUUUUACGAAAUUACCAUCAACGAUCUGAACCAAAAGUUGGCCCGCCUCCGGACGCACAAUGUCAAGAUUGAGGAGCGCAACGAGGACCUGGAAAGCCGACUCAAGCAGAUCGAGGAGGACCGGGCGGACGUCACGGCCUACCUCGACCGGACGCUGCAGGAAAAGGUGGGCACCAUCGUGGAGCUGGAGGACAAGCUGAGCGAGCUGUCGAAGGUACGGGACCAGGAGAAUGAAGAGUGCCGCAAGCAGAUCAACGCACUGGACGGGAAGUACAAGGCGAUGCACGAGCAGCUCACGUCCGAGAUAAAGCUGCUGACGGGCAAGCUGAACUCGAUGGAAGAGUUCCGGCAGCAGCGGGACGAGCUGAUGGCCAAGUUCGACGCCCAGGACAGCGAGCUCAAGGAGCAGAACAAGCGCCACAAGUCGACGCUGUACGAGAUGGAGCGAAAGGUCAUACUGGACAAGGACCGGCUGCGCAAGGACGUGGAGAACAAGCUGCUGCAGCUGUCGACCGAGUUUACCAAGUCGUCGGAGAUUCGGGUCGCAGCGCACACGCAGCGGCUGGUGCGGGAAAACAUUGCGCUAAACAACGAGAUGGACCGGAUGAUCUACACGCAGGAGCGGAUGCAGAAGCAGUUUGCGGAGUUGCGCAAGCAGAACACGGAGCUGCGCAACCAGGCCGAGAUCGAUGUGGUGGAGAAGCAGCGGCUGAUGCAGACCUGCCAGGAGCGGCUGGAAACGAUCAAGCAGCUCACCGGCCAGUUCGAAACGGUGCUGCACAAGAACGGCGAGCUGAACGCGUUCCGGCUGCGGGCGGAAGAGCUGGAGGAUGAGAACCGCACCACCCGGAAGGACUACAACCAGCUGCGGCAGAAGGUGCGCGUGCUGGAGCAGUACGUGCACUACAUCAACUCCGAUCGGCAGGCGCUGCGCACCGAGUCCGACCACCACCGGAAGGAGUUCGAGCGUAUCGCGGACAUUCUGAAGACGGUGCGCUACACGGUACGGUCGGCGUUCAAGGGCGAGGAGGAUGCCGAUUCCGACCUGCCGUACCAGGAGAUCAAGCGCAAGCGGCUGAUUGCCGAUCUGCUCAGCACGCUGAACGAGCUGGAGAUGCAGUCGCGGGCGGACCAGUCGGUCGAAACCAUUGUCGCCUCGCUGGCGGAGGUGUACGACCAGGGCGAUCUCGGUGUUAUACCGCGCGAAUCGAUGGACACCAUUCUGCGCAAGACACAGGCGGAUGGGGGAGAGGAAGUGAGCGAAUCGGCCAUUAUCAGCUCCAGCACGACGGCAUCAUCGGUGGGCGAAGGAGAACGGAUGGACGGGGCUAGCAAAACGACGCUCGUCGGGGCGAGUGAGGAUGAGGCAGCGAUCAUUGAUGUGGUCAGUGGUUCGCGGCUGGUGUUUUUGGGCUCGAACGAAUCGCUCGAGGAACAGGAAGAGGAAGAAGGGGAGGGAGUAAGCGGGGAGGAAGAAGACGAGGAUGAAGAGGAGGAUGGGGAGCGGAAGAGAAAGGAUCAGCAAGGUGACGACCGCGAGGACGAGGAGGACGAUGGGGAGUUUGGAGAUGACGAGGCAAGCCAGCAGCUGCUCCAAGGUGCCGGCAUCGAGGGGCACGAUAAGGACGGCAUCAUCGUAGACGCACCGGAAUCGAUCGAGGAUGAAACGAUCGAGUUUGCUGGAUCGAAGAGUGAUUCGGAUUGAGAAUAAAGCACAUUUGUGUUUCCAACAGUU